CGUCGUUCUCCAGUAUCAAAGAUGGCGUCCAUCCCCACUAAACCUUCUGCUUUAUUUUGUCGCGAACACUUUCACAUUCGCCAGUCUGCUCCGCAAUGGCUUUGAAAACGCUAUGGUUGUGUAACGUCAGGUCCGCCGUCUAGCGUCAAGUGACAUUCCGUCAUUUUUACUUACCGUGACGAUCGUUUGAUGUGUUUUACACCUUUUCGACGCAUUGUUGUUCAAAACAAGAAAGGACAAUGAUGGUGGCGAUGACAGCAAUGCUGGUGUCGGUGGCCGAACUGUCCAACAUUUUCUCUGUGUUUGUGGUGCUGAUAUGUCUGUGCGGGAUGGUGUUGUUCAUUAUGAGGAAUAUGAUGGUGUUCCGUGUUCACGGGGAAGACAUGAUGUUUGGGAGCUCGGUUCACCCUGUUCCACCGAGAAUACCACAAGUGAAGAUGAUGAAGGUGCACAUCCCGUUCACAUUCAAGCUGGUGGAGUCUUCAAAGUCAUCGUAUUCUGACGUGCAGUGCUCCGUGUCGAGCCAGGUGCCGUACACCCUGCUCGCCCUGUGGGGCGUGUCCAUCAGGGAGCUGCACCUGUUCCUGUGGCGGCCGUGGAGCGCGGUGCGCGAGGCGGCGCGCCGCGGCCAGCUGCUGCACGGCCACUACCAGCAGGCCGGCACCGUCCUACACUCCUCGGCUGGCCACGACGAGCAGUGCGUCUCGCUGAGCCUGCCGCGGCCAGUGAGCCCCGCGACCACGCUGGACCUCGGCACGCCGCCGCGCCUCUGCUACCCUCUCGUCGUGUUCCUGGUGCGCAACGACGACGUGGAGGGGCUCGAGGGACGCGGCCACCACCGCGAGCUGCACCCGGACGAGUCGGUGGCCCUGGUCAAUGUGGUGCACAUCAAGGACUCGGUGUGCACGCUGCCCACCAGCAUCCUGGCGCAGUACCUUAAGCAGGCCAACGGGCAGCUGUCGUGCCUCAAGCAAUUGUACCUGGCGACGGGCAACACGAUGACGUCCUACGACGACGAGACCAGCCCGCUGGACACGGCCUUCUGCCCCAACGGCCUGGCUGGUGGGCUGCAGCGCGCCCACGGCCUCAGCCUCGGCCAGCCCGGCGACGGCGACGGCUGCGGGGUGCGGGCGGCGCUCCUGUGCGAGGAGCAGCUGUGCGUCGUCUGCCAGUUCUACCCGCUGUCCAGGGCCCUCCUCCCCUGCAGGCACACCUGCGUGUGCGCCGGCUGCUUCAACAGGUUGGACAGGUGUCCGAUGUGUCGCAGCCCGAUCAAGAGUUACUUCUGCAUAAGAGGGGAAGAGUACAUGCCGCUGGAGACGGGCAACUCGACAAAGGCCGCGCCUCCCACCCCGCUGGCGCAGUGGCUGCAAGACUGGAAUGACCGCCUGACGGACUUCCUCGGCUUCCACCGGUAGUGCCGUGCCAGUAUUUGCUGUACAAAUGUGCUAUUCUUUCGUCGCAUUCUGGGCGUAUUAAUGGGUUUUAUUUUGUUUUUUAAAUUGUAUUUGGCGUUGGGAAUUUCUAAUGAAUGCAUUUCACUUCCCAGUCUUGUGUGCAUCCCAAUGCCAACUAGUUUUUAAAAUCUGUAAAGAAAAAUUUGGAUCGAACCCCAAUGCGACUGGAGCAAUGGUAAAGACUGAUGAAGCUCUUGUUCAGAGCUACUAUUGAGCUGUACUUUUAUAAAAGUUGUUUCAAGAAACUGCUUCACGUGUAGCAAGUACUGGUGCCUGGAUGAUUUUUUUGUUUUAUGUUGAUUACUUUGGGAGGCAACUUUAAAUUUGACUUACUCUAGAAUCUACAAAGUAUGGAGUUACUAGUCGAUUGAUAACCCAGUGUGCAUUUUGGAGGUCUAAAAUCUCAAACAACCUCCAGUGUCCUUUGUUAAAUGGGGAACAGCUGUAAAUUUGAAUUACUGUCUUACCUUCAAAACCGAAGUCACUAGCCAUGGUUGGUGCAAAAAUAUCAAACAGACUUUAGUUACUGACUAAUUUGAAAACAUACUCCUCUCAACAUCCUUUAAAGAGAAGGCAUAGCAUUGAAUGUGAUGCCUUUUUGUGGCAUUUUGCCUAGAGAAUUUGAUAAAAGACAGUAAUUAAUUCAUUAGAGCCUCUCAGAAAUUUCUUGACUUAAGUUUUUUUUUUUUAUAUAGUUUUAAUCUUUGACUAUGGUGGAUUUACGUUCCUUUGCUGACAUAGUGUCCUGAUUUUGUGAUUUUUUUUUUUAUCUAGAUAGAGGCUUUGCAGUUAGCCCAAUAAUCCAUAAAUUAGAAUACCUUAUUCAACCCUAAUGUAGGUUUCUCUCACAAGAUGAUGUAAUAAGAAAAAAUCUAUUCCAAGCCAUAUGGUUGAAUAAAGGAUGUGCAUCAUAUUCACUGUAUCUGUGGGCUACUAGUAUCUAUUUUCUUUUUGUGACACACUAUUUUAAAAUUCCUCAGUUUCAACACGUACAUUGUUUUGUUGAACAUGUAAAUCUUCUUAUAAUAUGCAUUUCAUUUUACUUCAAAUGGGCACUGUAUAUAUUGAUUGCCCACCCAGUGUUGUCCUGUUAGUUUUAUCAAUCUUACUUUUCACCAGUGAUAAAUAUAGUCUUAGAACAUUUAAAAAUUAUUGAUUCAUAAUUCUCUCUGAUUUGUUUAAAUCCCACUCAUGAAAUCUGCAUUGUGUGUGACAGAUAAAGUGACCUCUUUGUAAAUGUUAACCUUGAAGCUUCACAUUCUUUUGAAAAGACUUCAGAGAUUAUUAUUGCAUUGCACCAUUAACUGUUAAUAAGUUAUGUUUCAUUUUGUAAGUAGCACAGCCUAUAAAUUACAUCAUAAGGACUUUCUUCAUGUUCUAAAAGGUAACAUAUUAUUUUUAAAUAGUCUGUGAUAAUGUUAGAAACUUGUACAGAAGGUUCAUAUUUAUUGUUUGUUGUUUUCAUGUUAGAAAUCUUUGGGAAAAGCAUGGGGAGCUGUUAUUAAUGUUUUAAAGAAAGCUCUCCCUCUUUGCCAGUUUGUAAAGAAAUUCAGUUUGAAUCCUCGCACUGAAAUUUGUUUGUGGUCUAUGAAUGUUUGUGACAGAUAAGUUAUAGACAAAUAUAUUAUAUGUCUCUUUAAUAA